AUCCAAUAGAUGGCGGUAAAGUAACAAUUUAGAUGCCGACCGCCACUAAAAUAAAAAUUAAAGAAAAGAGACGAAGAAGAAGAAAAGGACGACGAAGAAGGAGAAGAAGAAAAGGAAGCCGAAGAAGGAGAAGAAAGAAAGCCGAAGAAGGAGAAGAAGAAAAGAAAGCCGAAGGAGAAGAAGAAUAGAAAGAAGAAGAAGAAGAAAAGAAAGCCGAAGAAGGAGAAGAAGAAAAGAAAGCCGAAGAAGAAGAAAAGGACGACGAAGAAGGAGAAGAAGAAAAGAAAGCCGAAGAAGGAGAAGAAGAAAAGAAAGCCGAAGAAGAAAAGAAAGCCGAAGAAGGAGAAGAAGAAAAGAAAGCCGAAGAAGGAGAAGAAGAAAAGAAAGCCGAAGAAGGAGAAGACCUCCAAGCUGAUCCUCGCUAGACGCGGUGCAGAGACAGCUGUCGUUGCAAAAUAAAGAUAGUACGCGUUAUAACAUCGGUAUUAAUGCGAGCUGGCUGGUGCGGACGUGACGUGUGCGGCGUGAGUGCAGCGCGUGGAGAAGGCUGCGUCCCGUUCCAGCGCGGCUGGAAAUAAGAGCAGACGGACCUGCAGCGGGAUGUUCCGGGCGGGAUCCGAGCCACCACGCAGCAGCAGCAGCAGCAGCAGCAGCAGUCCUCCUCCUCCUCCUCCUCCUCCAGCCUCCCGAGUCGGUAGCCUUUACGAUGACGUGUAGACAGGACUGUCCUUUGUGUCUGUCUGCAGCCCGCACUGUGCCCCCCUGUCUGUCUCUGUGGACGGCUUCCUGAAGACUAGAACCACAACAGACGGACCGCAACGCUGCCCGGACUCCCACUGCGACCUGCCGACAUGGAGUCGUUUCUGGACUUUGAAGAAUGCAUCAAGGACUCUCCUUCAUUCAGACUGAGCCUGGAACACUUUGAGACUGACGUCUCCCUGCUGGAAGCACAGGUGGAGAAGGUGAUGAAGCUCUGUGGGAAAAUGGUGGAGGCGGGACAAGCGUACAGUGCCACCAAUCAGCUCUUCCUGGCUGGCCUGACAGAGUUCUCAAUGUACCACAAAAAGGACAGCAUCAUCACGAACUGUCUGACGCAGUUCAACCGGGGCCUGCAAGAAAUGGUCAACUUUCACACUAUGCUGUUUGACCAGACCCAGAGAGCCAUCAGCCAGCAGCUGACCAGCCUUUUGAACCGCUUUCUGCCUCAGCUGGCAGAAACCCGUCGGGAGUUUGUGCGGAUCAGUGAGAAUCUGGAGACGGCGGCUGUGAAGAACGCUCAGGUCUCCCGACACAAAGCGUUGGAUGCUGAGCGAGCUAGCCACCUGCUGCUAGCCACGCGCAAAUGCUACCAGCACUUCGCCCUGGACUACUGUCUGCAGCUAAAUAAUUUCAAGACUGAGCAGAAGAUUGACAUUUUAAACUCGGUCUUCUCCUACUUCCAUGCCCAGUACACUUUCUACCACCAAGGCUUCGAUCUGCUGCGAGACCUGGAGCCCAGCAUGAAGACUAUGGCGGCGCAGUUGGCCCACCUCUCUGAGGAGUGUGCAGCUAAACACAAGGACCUCGAGAAUGUCCACCUCCUGGUUCAACAGAGAGAUGCGUCUGGAGAGCCCAUCGUCAGUCCGUGUUCCGGCAGCAGUGACGUCAUCCAGGGCUACCUCUUCAAACGUUCGCGGAGGAAGAGCAAGACAUGGAAGAGAUGCUGGUUUUCCAUCACAGAUAACCAACUCAUUUACAGAAAGUCCCACAAGGAGGAGCCAAUGGUUUUAUUUGAGGACCUGAGACUUUGUGCCAUCAAAUCUCUGGACAACUCAGAACGUCGCUUCUGCUUCGAGCUGGUCUCUGUUCAGAAGUGCUGUGCGCUGCAGGCUGAUUCAGAGGAGCUGAAGCAGGUUUGGGUCGGUGCCCUGCAGGGCAGCAUAGACACAGCCUACAGGGAGAAAGAGGAGUCACCAACACAACCCAAAGGUUCCCCUCUGUCGACAGCUCGUGGCAACUCCCAGCCUGGCCCUCCGCCUCAGAGAGCUGCGGCACUGGAUGUGGCCCUGAGGGGUCCAGGUAACCAACGCUGCUGUGACUGUGGCGAGGAGGAGCCACGCUGGGCCUCAGUCAACCUGGGAAUCACCAUGUGUAUAGAAUGUUCUGGAAUACACAGGAGUCUAGGGGUUCAUCUGUCUAAAGUGCGUUCCCUCACCCUGGACUCCUGGGAGUCUGAACAGAUCAAGCUGCUAUGUAUUCUGGGUAAUGAUGUCAUCAACCAGAUCUAUGAGGCACGCUGUCAAGAGGAAGGGAGAAUCAAACCGGCCACUCACAGCCCACGCCCAGAAAAAGAAAGUUGGAUUAAAGAGAAAUAUGUUGAGAAGAGGUUCAUCCGGAACAGUCAGGGAGGGAUGGAGGCAGCGGGGCGGAGCUUAUACAAGGCUGCGUUGCUGGGAGACCUUGUUGCCAUGGCGGUAGCGCUGGCACAGGGAGCAGAAGUGAAUGGGAGUCUCUCUGAGGAGGAGGGCCGCACGGCGCUGAUAGGAGCUGCUAUCGGGGGCUCCCUGAUGGCCUGUGAGUUCCUGCUGCAGAACGGUGCCAAUGUCAACCACAGAGACCGGAGAGGGCAAGGAGCCCUGCACGCUGCUGCCACCGCUGGACACACUGGACAGGUGUGUCUGCUCCUGAAGAGAGGAGCCAAUCAGUAUGCAGUAGAUGAGAGAGGGCAGGACCCGCUGGCCAUCGCCGUGGAAACCGCCCAUGCCGACAUCGUCACUCUGCUGCGCAUGGCCAGGAUGAACGAGGAGAUGAGGGACUCGGAGGGCUUCUUUGGAUCCAUGGGGGAUGAUGAGACGUUCCAGGACAUCUUCCGUGACUUCAGCCACAUGGCCUCGCACGACCCCGACAGGCUUGCACGCCGCCGCCCCAGCCCAGCGGCACAGGGGGAUGGAGGAGGAGGGGGUGGAGGAGGAGUAGGGGAUGAAGGGGGAGGAGACGGAGGGGGCGGGACACUGAACAGCCAACAUGAUGACAGGAAACCUUUGGAGUAA